GAUACUGUAUUCGCAACAAAGUCAAGCUCAAUUUACAACAUUAUCCAAAGCUACGGUAUCCACAGCAUUUAGAAAUGGCCGAGUCUGCUGGAAAGCCUCUGAAGCACCUUGAGUUUGUGCACACCUACGCGCACAAGUUUGCGAGUGGUGCCGCUUACGUUGAGGGCGGCUACCAGAAGGCCAAGACCUAUGUUCCCGCGGUCGCUCAGCCCUACAUCGCCAAAGCCGAGGAGACCUGCCUAGCAUACGCCGCUCCUCUUGCGACAAAGGCGACGGACCACGCAGAGAAGAUUCUCCGGAGCACCGACGCACAGCUGGACGCGCUGUACGCGGCCUCCGCCAGCUGGCUGAGCAGCUCCCAGAAGCUGGCCGACUCCAACAUCGCGGCCUUCAGGGGCGCCGCCGACAAGUACUACGACCUGGUCAAGUCCACUGCGCAGCACGUGACGUCCAAGCUGCCCACCGACCUGUCGGUGGCCAAGGCCCGCGAGCUGCUGUCGGCCUCGCUGGAGCAGGCCAAGGCUCUGGCUGACCCGGACGCUGCGGUGGCGGCGGCGCUGGAUGCCUGGACCAAGUUCGCAGCCAUCCCGGCGGUUGCCAAGGUGCUGUCCGCCGCCUCCCCGCUGACGGGCAAGGGCGUGGCGGCCUUCACGGCGGCACACGACCUCCUGGUGCACUCGGCGCUGUACCGCUACGGCGUGUCGGUGGGCGCCUCCACCCUGGGCUGGGCCACCAGCACCACCCCCUACAAGUUGAGCGCGGCUUACCUGUACCCGCUGGUGCAGCCCGUGGCGGACCCCGCGCUGGACAAGCGGAGGGCCGCCGUGCAACCCGGCCCCUAGUACUAGUAGGGGCAAUGCUGUGUGCUCAGAGGUGUGGUACGGUGUCGUGCCGUGGUAAGCUUAUCAUCGC